UCCAACCCUGCUCAUCUCUCAGCUGGACAGUAAGGGCCGUUCACACCACACACUGACAACAUGCUGGGGACACUCUGCACUCUCAUCACUGCUCUAACAUGUGUCAGUGGUGUGACUGUGGUGACACAGAAGCCUCCUGUUGUGACGGUGAGCAAAGGAGACACGGCCACUAUGGACUGUAACCUGGGGACUGUUGAUAAUAGUGCUCAUUGGUACAAACAGGUUCCAGGAGGAGUUCCUCAGUAUGUUUUACAGUGGUACUACUAUAAUUGGACCUCUGUAAAAUAUGGCUCCAAUUUCUCCUCUCCUAAAUUCACAUCUAAUCAUCAGUCUAUAUCAGAUUAUCGUUUGAUUAUUAAUAAUGUGGAGGAAGAAGACUCAGCAGUGUAUUACUGUAAGACAGAUGACUACUCUGUUGACGAGUGGGUAUCACACACUGUGGUAUUCGGACCAGGAACCAAGCUGAUUGUUACUGAUGGAGAUAUUUCUACACCUGCUGUGACCCUGUUCCCUCCAUCCACUGAAGACCUCAAGUCCAGCAGAGCAACGCUAGUGUGUCUGGCCAGUAACCUGUCUCAGAGGUCCAAGGGGUUAGCAGAUGUCAGCUGGAUGUCUAACGGUGAAUCAGUGACUGAAGAUGUUUCUACCAGUCCUGCUGAGCAGCAACCAGACAAAACCUUCAAGAUCAGCAGCUAUCUGACCAUUCAGACUGCAGAGUGGGACAAGGACGUGGUGUUCACAUGUAAAGUGUCAUUUGGGUCAACAUUCUCUGAGAAAGAGAUCAGAAAGACUAGUUGCAGUCUGUAAAGCAAUAGUUUCAAUAUUUAAUGAGUGCAGUUGGUAGUUUAUAGCUUUUAAGUGAUGUUUUGAUCAUUGCUUUGCUGUCAAAUAUAGGAGUUAAAAUCCAAAGAACAUGGGUGAUAUUUGGCUGAUGUCUGGAUGCAGCAGUGAAUAGUAUAACAAUAACCAAUGUAAUGUCAAAUAGUUGUUUAGGGUUGUUUCUCAUGACAAGUUACUAUUGAUGCAUUCACUGUACGAGCAUCAUGUUCUCUAAAACAUAACAUCUGAAAUACUGUCAUGAUGAGUAGACCUCUCUACUAUUGGGAAAUGAGUUGAAUUACUAAUGAUGAAUAGAGGAAAUGUUAUAGCUUUGCUGUAUUGUGGAUAUUCAAUAAAGAGCAUUGUAAAGAACAAG